GCCGGCGCGGGCCGGAAGCGAGCGGGCAGCGGCGCGCGGGGCCGGGACCGCGCGGGCAGGAUGGGGGACAGCGAUGACGAGUACGACCGGCGCCGCAGGGACAAAUUCCGGCGCGAGCGCAGCGACUACGACCGAUCCCGCGAGAGGGACGAGCGGCGGAGGGACGACUGGAGCGACCGGGACUGGGAGCGCGGGCGCGAGCGGCGCAGCCGGGAUUACCGGGACUACGACCGGACGCGGCGGGAGCGCUUCAGCCCCCCCCGGCACGAGCUGAGCCCCCCCCAGAAACGGCUGCGCAGGGACUGGGAUGACCACGGCACUGACCCCUACCACAGCGGCUACGAGCUGCCCUACAGCGGGGGCGGCGCCGGCCCCACCUACGGCCCCCCCCAGACGCCCUGGGGCCCCCACGAGAUGCAGCACCAGCUCCUGCAGCACCAGCUGCUGCCCAUCCAGGCCAGGCUGGGCACCAUCGCGGAGGUGGACCUGGGCAUGGCGCCGCCGGUGAUGAAGAGCUUCAAGGAGUUCCUGCUGUCGCUGGACGACGCCGUGGACGAGACGGAGGCCGUCAAGCGCUACAACGACUACAAGCUGGACUUCCGCCGGCAGCAGCUGCAGGAGUUCUUCCUGGCCCACAAGGACGAGGAGUGCGCCCUCGGGAGCCGCGGAGCCGCCGGGCAGGGGCAGGCAGAGAGGGCGGGGCCGCGCACAAUGCGGCGAGGUCACAAGUGCAGGACGUAGCCAGGGACCUUUGUUGUUUUAUUUUUGGGGGGGUUCGUGCCAAAAAAAAAAAAACCACUCCAAAAAAAAAGCCGCCAAAAAAAAAAAAGACCAAAACCAAACCAAACCAAAACAAACAAAAAAAAACAAAACCAAAAAAAGCGGCCGAUUUCGGGGCCGGGGUUUUUAAAAGCGCCGCAGUUUUCGGGGCCCGGCGGACGGCGACGCUCGCGGCGAGUGUAGGUAUGAGCCCACCCCACCCCACGGGACACCCGACACCACCUGGAACACCUCGGAACCGCCCCGAAACGAGCCCCAAAAACCGCCCAGGAGCCCCUGGGAACGCCCUCAAAAGCCACCCCCGAACGGCCCAGAAUGCGCCAGAAAGCGCCCCCAAACCACGCCCAAAAACGUGCCAAAAUUCACCAAAACCUUCCCAAAACGACGCCAGGAAAGAUCCCCAGAAACGGCGCGAAACCGCCC